AUGGUGGGAGCAAUCCUCGAGCUCCUCCAGGCCCAGAGCUGCAGAGAGCAUAGGGCACUCUGGCACAGGCACCGGCACCGGCGCCCAGGACCGGCCCUGCCCAGAGCCCAUGGUUUCCUGACUAGCACCUUCUUGCUCCUCCUAGUCCUUGGUUCCCCACAGCAACUGCAGUUUCAGGGCACUAGGAUCCUGACCCGCCAGCCACUGAGUCACAGGCACCAAGGGACGGGAGAAAGGACCUCCAGCCUCACCCUGGAAUACUGCCAAGCCCAUCUGAGCGCUCAAUUUCUCAUGGCAGAGCGGCUGGCUCUGGUGAUGGGGGGGGGCGUCAUUGAGGGGCUGCCUUUGGUUGGGGUGAGUUGCUACCUGUGGAGGAGGCUUUGUGCCACCUUCACCUGUGAGGAGCUGCCAGAAUCACCAGCUGCAGCCAACAGCUAUAUAUUCAUUUCCCACCCACUUGUUUCCCUACCACUGGACAGGCCUCCAGGUAUGCCGUUCGUGGUGCCCACUUCCCUCCAAGGCCAAGACUGGGUUGCCCUGCACAGCAGAAUUUCAUGGCCCUUUGUUGUAGGAGAUGCCUGGGUGGGGACCAUCAACCCCGAGCUGUACCAGCUUGCAGAAGACAUAAAUGAGACCCACUUCCCUGCUGGCUGCCUGGGCUGGCUCUGGUUCUCCAUGGAGUACCUGCCCAAGGCUGUGCUCCUGGCCCUGAUCAAGGAACAGCAGCUGGGAGCCCCCUCAGAGACCUGCAGCCCCCUCGUGAGGUUCCACCUGCUGCCCGAUGAGUGGUGCUUCCUCCAGUCCAGGAUCAAAUGCAAAACCUCCAACCCACUGUUUGAUGAGUGCUUCAUCUUCCAGGGAGUGGGUGGUGGCAGUCUCCGCCUGUUUCUUCCCAAGCGAAGAAGGGCAGGGAGAUGA